UCUUGUUUUGUCUCUUUGCCUUUUCCUUAAUACUAUAGCCAAGUACACAUAUAUAUGAUGGGAUUGGGUUUCCCCUUGUAUAAAAUAAAAUUCCAAGAAAUUGUCUCUUUUUUUACUCAUUAUUAUUAUUCUUUCAAGAAGAGAAGAAAUGGAAGGGGAGGAUGGUUUUUCAGGGGAAAUAGAUGGUAAAGUUUUUCAAAAGAGUUUUGUUCAAGUUCAGAACAUAUUGGAUCAGAAUAGGCUGUUAAUCAAUGAGAUUAAUCAGAACCAUGAGUCCAAGAUCCCUGACAAUUUGAACAGGAACGUUGGUUUAAUUAGAGAACUCAACAACAAUAUCAGAAGAGUUGUUGACCUUUAUGCACAUCUUUCAGGUUCUUUCAACAAAUCAAUUGAUGUUUCAUCUCAAGGAGACUCAUCUGGAAGGCCAACUCAAAAAAGGACUAGGCCUCUUUAGACAUUCAAGAUUGAUUUGAGGUCCGGUAAAUUAGAUUGUAGUAUAGCCUCUUCCUUCCCACUAGUCAACAUUCUAAUAAUGAUAUGUGUAGAAUCUGCAGAUCUAAUUGAAACAAGAAUUUUAAUUUCUAGUAGUAAUUUUCUUUUAUUUUGUCUAUAUUUUAAAAUUAAUUGACUCUAUAGUUUGGGAAUUGUUGUUGUUGUUGUUGUACACUGUAAUGAGGCCAAAGAUAUUGAUUCUUGUAAAAGA